AUGAGCUCAGAGCGGCUUCGAAUGCUUUUCGACCGUGGUAUCGCACGAUUUAUCAUAGAGGGUAAUAUUAACCGUGACUUCUACAUGCCUCUCAAACAUUUUGACAAAGCCAGUGAGAAGCGAGCGCGAGAUGAUCACAAGCACACCCACAGAGAGCGGUAAUUGAUGACGGCCACAUCGAAAUGCUGAAUUACUUCUUGGUGCCAGCAAUAAACUUGGGAACUCCCCGUCCGGGACCGAACCAAGCUGGAAGAACGAAAUUUUAUUCGAAGCAAUGUGGGUUGCCCGUGAUGGAAACCCGCGGCAGGGUUAAACGUGUUGGGAGUCUUCGAGACACUCUCCACCACCGUUCAGUCAAACGAGCGAAAAAAAUCAACAGUCCGGCGGGGGUCCUCUCCCUGCACCGCCGCAGAAAAAAAAAACAUUGUAGAGCACCACCGCUGACCUGCACAUUUAUUGUUCAAGCGCCACCAAACAAUAUAAGUCCGGUCACUUGUCAAGCCAAGUAACCCACAUCAAAGGAACCGCCACCGUGCGACCGCAAAACAAAUCACUGGUUCCGGUGAUUCUCGAAGAAGAACACCUGUCACCACUACUCCGAUUCCGCGUCAUCCGCCACGGAAGGAGGGACUUCCAAUCAUGCACCACCCGCCACAGCAGCAGCAGCAGCAACAGCAGCAGCGGCAUCAGGAGAAGCUCAAAAAAAAAAGGGAGCCCCCCGAAACACCGGUUGGCGCUGUUGGCAAAGCGCUGUAAAACACGCCACCUCAAACAUUGCCCCGAUAGUAUGCGCUACCAAAGACGCGUGACGCACGGAUGCGUGGAGUGAAGAUUGCUUACGGAAACCUCACAGAUUGAGUGAUGUAGGAGAUUGUCGGACACAUAGACGUGUUGACUGUAUACUGAAACCCCACGGGUUGAGUGAGGUUUGAGAUUGCCAGACACAUGGACGGGUUGAGUGGGGAUAGCUGCAUACUGAAACCCCACGGGUUGAGUGAUGUUGGAGUGCCGGACACAUUGACGCGUUGAAUGAGGAUAGACACAUAUUGAAACUCACAGGUGAUUUGUAUUGGAGAUUGCGAGACACCUAGCCGUGUUGAUUGAGUGAGGAUAGCUGCAUACUGAAACCUCACAGAUGCAUUGUUUGCCAGACACAUAGACGCUCUGAGUGGGGAUAACUACAUACUGA